GGUGAAUAUGGCAGCCUUUUGUCUUUCUAUUGGUUGUAUGGACAACCCUGUCAUUCUGCCAUUGGACAGCAAGGAGCCCUCAGUCGGCCUUACAGUGUUCUGUGGACAGCAGCGGGGGUCUGAAGAGUAGGAGGAGGCAGCAAAGCAAAGAAAGAACCGAAGAAGAGGCUGUAGGGGGGAAAAAUAGGGACCCUUCCAUAAAAAAGAGGGGGGGCAGCGAGGAACGGAAGAGGAGAGGCAGGGAAAGGGGAGGGAGCUCGUAGAGUUACCUCAUCUUCAACCGCUAGUGCACACGGUGCAGGGAAGAAGUUGUGGGAAAGUAAACAGCGGAGGAGAAACUGCAGGGGGAUCCGCCACUCACAGCCAUCACUGGAGACUACAAAGAUGAUAUUUCUGCAGCUGGUACUGUGGUAGGAGUUUAUGGGAGCCUUCCAUGAAUAAACGGUGUCACCGGGAGGUGCCUGACGCUGCUUGGAAGAUAGAACAGCAUAGAAGGAGGCGCAAGGCGUUAUGUCAACUGUGAUGUCCCACCAACCUCUGAAGCAGGACGGAGAGGACGAUGACGAGGAGGAAGGAGAAGAGUUUGUGUUUGAUGACAGCACAGAUGAGGAGAAACCUGGCGAGGAGUCCACAGGUGUCAGCCUGGACCGUGUCACUUCUCUUCAGGCCUCAGAGAAGAACAAGGAAACAUCAGAUGUGGUGACAAACGGAGAUGAGACACAACUGUCACCCCAAACGUCACCUUCUGCUGGACAGGAGGAUGUUACCGCCAAGGACGUGUCGCCAGUCUCCACAGCCGAUGUUCCAGUCUCUGAGUCACUCAGCUGGGCCUCGGCAGCACACAGGCCGGCUACCUCGGCUCCUUGUGUGGGAACGGAGGUGCGGGGGCUUCCUGUGGCGCCGUCAGCUGUGGAGGAAACGCCGGCUGAUUCAGCAGAACGACAGCAGACAGGAGUCUUCGGGGAACUCUCUGACUCCAGGGACGCCGCUGAAGUUUGCGUGGCCGGCGUCCAGCCCCAGGCCUCACAGUUGUGUGAGGUGAUCUACGAUGAUGUUCCUAACGAGGACCUUCUCUCUCCUGAUGAAGCAGACAUGAUUUAUGAAGACGUGCAGAGAGACGCUGGUCCUGUGAAUGCAAACAACGGCUGGAGCUCCAGUGAGUUUGAGAGCUACGAUGAACACUCGGACAACGAGACCAAACUGCCAACCAGGAGCAAGCUCUCACCUGAGGUGCGUCGGCUGAGGGAACGCUGUGCCAGGACCAAACGGGAACUGGCCACCAGGCUGUCUGGCAAACACAACUAUGACAUCAAGGUCCAGCAGCUCAUGAAGGCGGCGAGGAGCGGGACCAAGGAUGGGCUGGAAAAGACUAAAAUAGCCGUCAUGAGGAAAGUUUCUUUCCUGCAGAGAAAAGAUCAGCUAGAAGAGGAGGAUGAUGCAGGAUACCUGGAUGUGGCGGUGUCAGAAGUGAAGCAUCCACCACCACAACUGAGCCCCAUGCCAGAGGGUCUCACCAGUCACCAGGUUGUCAGACGCCAUAUCCUGGGCUCCAUCAUUCAGAGUGAGCGCAGCUACCUGGAGUCUCUGCGGAGAAUCUUGCAGGAGUAUCAUAGACCACUGAUGGAGGCAGAGCCGCACAUCCUGAGUCCACGCAAGAUCCGUCCUAUUUUCUACCGGAUCCGAGAGAUCACACAGUGUCACUCCAUGUUCCAGAUCGCACUGGCGUCUCGAGUGGCCGAGUGGGACAGCUGCGAGAAGAUCGGUGACUUAUUUGUUGCCUCGUUUUCCAAGUCAAUGGUGCUGGAUGUGUACAGUGAUUAUGUGAACAACUUCACCAGUGCCAUGGCUCUCAUUAAAAAGGCCUGUCUUUCCAAACCUGCCUUUCUGGACUUCUUAAAGAAGAAGCAGGCCGCCAGUGUUGACCGCAUCACCUUGUACGGCCUGAUGGUUAAACCUAUUCAACGUUUCCCUCAGUUCAUUCUGCUCCUGCAGGACAUGCUGAAGAACACACCCAAAGGUCACGUGGAUCGACUGCCCCUGCAGCUCGCUCUCACGGAGCUAGAGAUGCUGGCUGAGAAGCUGAAUGAACAGAAACGAGUUGCCGACCAGAUUACUGAAACACGGCAACUCGCCCGCAGCGUCAGUGAUCGCCUGCUCAGUAAGCAACUGAACGCGGAGCAGGGGUCGCUGGUCCUUUGUGAGACGCUCAUAGAGACCGUGUACAGUGAUCGGGGACAAGUCCUGAAGUCAAAGGAGAGAAAAGUCUUCCUCUUUGAUGAUGUGCUCAUCUGUGCAAACAUAAAUGUCAAGGGGCCUCCAGAUAUCAGCAGCCUUGUUCCCAUUGGCCCUAAGUACACCAUGAAGUGGAGUGCCCCUUUACAGCAGGUCCAAGUAGUAGAAGUGGGGCAAGAGGGUUCUCAAAGCAAAGAAACCUUCUACCAGCAGAGUGGAGCUAAACGGCCACUCAGCGUUUGCAAUUCAGGUAAAACAAACCUGGGACCUCCACGGCUCUACCAGGAGCUGCAGGAGCUACAGCAUGACCUGUCAGUUGUGGAGGAGGUCACUCUUCUAGUUGGAACCUUACAGGGAACAUACCAGAACUUGAACACCACCGUGGCCCAGGACUGGUGCCUGGCUCUGCAGAGGCUGAUUAGGAUUAAAGAAGAACAGAUUCAGUGUGCAAACAAAUGCCGAUUACGGCUGCAGGUACCAGGACGACCGGACAAGUCAGGGCGUCCUGUCAGUUUCACAGUGGUCUUCAACACGCCCAACCCCCUGAGUAAAAUCUCCUGGGUCAACCGUCUGCACUUGGCUAAGAUUGCACUACGAGAGGAAAAUUCUCCGGGUUGGUUGUUUGGAGAGGAUGAGGGGAAACUGACGGCUCCACUCUGGUGUCCACUCCUCUCCUGUCACAUUCCUAUUUUCACCCAAAAGUCACCUGAGAGGAGGCUCGAAGCUGCUGUUCAUAAUCCUGUCCACUGUGCACUGUUGGGAUUUUCUGCAGCCAGCACCUCCUUACCUCAAGGCUACCUCUGGGUGGCAGGUGGAGGGGGUGGCUCUCAUGGGACUAUAGAAAUAUUUUCCCUUAACAGGCCAAUGCCACGGGCUGUGAAGAGCCUGCAGGUGGACGGGGCUGUCAGGUGUCUGCAGUAUGUUCCUGGACCUUCUAAGGCAGAAGAAAUGGAGUCUGGAGCUCACAAGGCAGCCUCAGGGACCGGCACCACCAUUUGUGUUGGAUUAGACGAUGGCCGGAUUCUGGUGUAUGGCAGUGUGGACACUGCAGCACAAUGUCUAUUGACACACCAGAACCCUGAGGGCUGCCCGGUGUUGUGCCUGAAGCACUCGUCUCGCUUCCUGUUUGCUGGUCUGCAGAACGGUACCAUAAAAGUUUACAGGAGAAAUGACAAUGAUGAUCUUUGGAAUUCCGACUCCUGCCAAAGUGUGAACCUGGGUUCAGAACCAGUGAGAACGUUGCUGGUGUUAGACGACUCGUUGUGGGCCAGCUGUGGGAACACAGUCACGGUGGUGGACAUGCCCAGUCUGAGGACUCAGAAAUUUGAAGUCCAUCCAGACCCGACGGUGAGCGUCACACACAUGGCCUGUGCGGGGGGCGGAGUGUGGAUGGCCUUCUCCGAGGGCUCCUCCAUUCGCCUGUUUCACACGGAAACACUGGAGCUUCUGCAGGAAAUCAACAUCUCCACACGGUCCACCCUGCUGAAAACAGGUCAGAAGAGCAUGCGAGUCACCAGUCUCCUGAUUUGCCAGGGCCUGUUAUGGGUGGGCACCGCCCAGGGCAUCAUUAUCACUCUACCCGUUCCCAAACUAGAGGGCAUCCCCAAAAUUACAGGUAAGGGUGUGGUCUCUCUUAAUGCCCACUGUGGGCCUGUGGACUUCCUGGUAGCCACCACCAGCACCUUGUCUCCUGAACUUCUAAAGAGAGAGUCCGUUUGGGAAAGUCCAGACUCAGCUAUAGGGGGAGGGGAGGACCGCAGCGACACCUCCUCCCAGGAUUCCCUGCAGCAGUCCAGCUCCCAUCAGGGAGAGGGCAAAGGCAAAGGACGGGGCGUCCUGCUGCAGUAUAGGCUGCGCUCCACGUCGGGGCUGCCCGGGCGCCCAUUAACGGCGCAGAGCGACGAGGCGUCCGACUCCUUGGAGUCGCUGGAGCACAGUGUGGAAGAUGGAUCUAUCUACGAGCUCUGUGAUGACCCAGAAAUGUGGGUGAGGGGGCGUCCUUGUGAGAGGGAUGGGGGACGCAGGGACAGGGUGAUCUCUGCAGCGGUCAUCUCCGGAGGCAAGGGCUUUCGCAGACUGAAGGAGGGCGCUCCAUCAACUACUAGGACACAUAUGGAGGAUUUAGACAAUAUUCUGAUGGUGUGGCAGCUCCCACUGACACUGUAGUAGGGGGCAACACUGGAAGGUGAUUUGUAUUUUUAAAUCUCCGCCCAGCUUAGCCUUGAAUAACCUUUAACAAGCAGGGCUGCCAUUGGUAGACAGCCUGACUAAUGAUUAGGCCAGCAGAGUAACAACAUUGAGGCGUGCUGUUUUGCUCAAAGUGCUCUCAGCCCACUGGCUGCUUUAAAUAUUCUGGAUUGUGCGUCAUCACGUCACUAUCUGUCCUGCAGCUUCUCCACAGUCGGGCUCCGGGCUACUGUUUUAACCUGGUUCCCCUCCCCUGCUUUACUUCAGGAUUGAUAUGAUGCAAUUUAACCUCAUCAUUGCAGCGCGUGUGUCUGGCACCUUUGUAUUAUGUGAAGGCGUUCUGCGCGAGCACCCGUGGACAGCGUGCCUUUGAGGAGCAGCCUUUGGUGGAUCUGCCACGCUCUGCUGCGUACGAGAUGUACGUCUUUUAUCUGAUCCUGUGGGAGAGAUCCCAUCUGCUGAGAGCUGAAAGCUAAGAGCUUCCACCACAUCACAAAGCACAUUACCAACACUUUAUUAGCUUCUCCAGCGUCGCUCUCAUCCCAUGCAAUGUGAAUUCAGUAAAACCUUACGUCCGGCCUCUGCUCUGUAAAAACAACAAAAACUAUUUGUUACAGUUUCUAAAAAUGCAACAACACUAAAAUCUUCAUCAGAUAAUAUUUAUAUAUCAGGGGAAAAAAUACAAACAAACCUUUCACUGUUUUCAGCAAACAACGUCCAUUUAUUUAGUACAGUUUAGUUUAUAAAAUAAGGUCAACCAGCUGCUUUGAUUUCUGUAUUUUCAAUGAACCUAAUACUUCGCCCACUGAUGUUGUAUAAAAGACCAGAGCUGCUGAAGAGUUCCUGAGGACCACGGUCUGAUUUGAUUCUUCAUACCAACCAGACAUUUUUAACAGGUAACAGAUCAAAACCUUAGGUAAGAAAUGUUGUUUUUUCAAAUAUUAGAAAAUUGUCUCCAAGGUUUUCACACUACGUCGUUUCUUUACUGCUGCUUUUAGUUGUAAUUGCAUUUUUACAAAAUGUACCAACUUCAAAAUGAACAUGAGGUAUGGAUUUGUUUCUGUUUUGUUCUGUUGCAGCUCUUGCAAAAAACAAAAAAACAAAAACAAAAUCUCUACAUUUCUACAAGAAAAGACUGAUGUUAAAACCAUUAGAUUUUUGAUUGAUCAAAAACAAAGUUUGUUUUUCCAGUAUUCAUGUAUAUACAGGAAAAUUCCUAACUGUAAUUUCCAAAGUACUCAAAACAAACAUGUGACAUCCUGUCAAUGCACAACGGCAUUAAACUACACACGAAACCUAAGCUACAUAUAAGGUGUAAAUAGUAGUAAAAAAAUAAUUGUGUUACAGUCUGACAGCAUGUCUGAAACUUUGAGGGUAAGUCAAAAAAAUUCAGGGCAGAUUUUAUCAUUUUAAAAGGUGUUUGAUUUUAAAUACUGAAACAUGUUAAAACACUUUUGUCAAGUGUUGAGAUUUUUACUUUUAAUUUAAUCAAGAUUUUUAACCCUCUGAGACAAAUCCUGUUCCUGUUUGAUCUAGUUCCACCUGGAAAAAUUCUUCAUUUCAAAAAUGUUUAAAAAUAAGAUUUUUUUUUUCUGUUUGUCCUACAACUUUUUGACUUACCCUUGUACACUGGGCCGACACAUUUUUAUUUUCAUUUUUUAAAGCACCUUCAUUGUCAAUCUAAAUUCUGAUCAAAAGUGAUAGAUGUUCAUCAUUAUGUCGAUGAUGAACAUCUAUUCGUCUAUUGUGGCCAAAUGUUGUCCUUUUGUUUUUAGGGUAAUAUUUGGUCAAUUGUUAGACAUAUUUCUUAACAUUAAUUUAAGAACAUUUUUCAACAGGUUUCUAAGGCUGGUGGUUAAAAGGCUCGUCAUCACUGUGAAAACCUAACCUUUCUGUUAUCGGCACAUCCUCAAGUCUGUUCCUUUUCUUUUAAACCACUUCCGCGGCCACUGAGUGAUGUAAAAUACAUUAUUGUUUGCAUGUGCACAAUUUGUUUUUAACUUAUAAUGAGACAGACGGCGGGUUUACUGACAUGAGAAUUAUUUCUGUUUUAACUUUUAUUAUUUUAAGGCACUGAAAAAAAAUAGGAACCUUUUUGCAAACACAAAGGUUUACAGUCCAAGUCUUUAACAGUGUGUUGACCUGCUCUGUGGCUUGUGCAGUGUGUUGUGGACACUGUCAGUUUGCAGUACAGUCAAGGACAUGUUAUCCAUUUCUGUCCCCACCUGCCUGAAAAGCCCUCCUCUGCCCCGAGAUUCACGUUUUAUCUUUUCAUCAAAGACGAGGCAUAAAAUGUAUUUUCUACUUCUCUGUGCCACGUUGAUGUUUGUUUUUACGGCUCCUCUCACAGCUGCAAUUAAAAGAACAAUUUUGCCAUCCUGUUCUUAGCCAUUAUCGUUAAAAUAAUAAUAAUACCGCGAUGAUUCAACCCUGUCUGGAUACAGUCAUCUAAAUGUAAAUCUCAAUGUCACGCCAAACAAAGGGAACAGUUUAAUUUGUAACAAAUAACAGCAACAAAUUGUCUCAACAACGUCAUGGUCCCAGUAAAAAUUGUUCAUCUUCACCCCAGAGGGGGGGGGGGGACUCUUCUGCGGGAGAAGAGAAACCUGAUGAAAUAAACAUGACUCUCCUCACAGACGCAGCCAAAGAUCUGCUGUGGUUCUCAGGCUUAUCUUCUCUAUACAGAGAUGUAAUCUCAUGAGUGUGUUUGUCCAUUAAUGAGACGUUAUUGUCUCGUUCAUUUCCCCUGCCUGCUCUGUACGUGUCACUGUAUUGUUAUCCAUACACUGAAUAUUAUAUGGGCCACACAGUGGAGUAGUGGUUAGUGCUCUUGCCUUACAGCAGCAAGAACAAAGGCUCAAACAUGGGUUGUUCAGUUAGCAAUUUGUAAUACAAAUAUUUUAUGUUUAAUGUGGUUACUUGCUAAUGCGGAGUACCAUCAUGAAUACUUCUUUAGUUGAGGUUUUGUUUAAGAUGCAGUGAACUCAACUCCAAACCACAGCAAAGACACUCAGCUAGAGUAUGUUUUAUUUAUUUUCUUCUCAUCAACAGCUGAUUACAAGUUUAAAAAAAAGAAUAGUAUUCAUAAUUUUUUUUUUGUAGCAAUAUUUCCACGUUUCAAUAAAUAAAUGAACAGAAUGUUGUUCAACUGUGGAGCGACGUUAGCGUAUUCAGAGCUAAGGCUCGUCUACAGAACAAAUCUCACAGUUAGUCUGUCUCCUGUCUUUGUCCCUGGUGUUAAAAUUCAUCCCGACUGCUGACCUUAAAUAAACUCUGAUGAGACCCUGAACUGUAGUUAGUCAAGAUACAACACGGGCUGACCAGCUGGUUUUAUUGACAGCCUUUCUGGAGGAUUGGAUCACUAGAUCAGCAUAUUUUCGAUUAUGAGGUCAAGUAUUUGAAGUAUCGAGCCCGAUACCAAUACCACCAUUUCUAUUGGCACAUUCCCAGUUCGAACCCUAUUGGUAAUUCAUUGUGUGUGUUUUCCUUUGUUUCCCUCCCCCAGUCCUAACACAUGCAGAUGAAGACAACUAUUCACUGUAAAUUGACUGCAGGUGUGAAUAUGAGUGUGAAUGGUCUCUGUAUGUGGUGGACUCCAGGGUGUAACCCCGCUCGCCCUUUGACUACCCACCGCCCGUCCCAGUUGCCCUUCCCUUUUCUCCUAUCUGAGACAGUAAACAGAAUUCAAUUGUAGAAGGUGAAAGAAUGAAUCAAAUACUGGUGAAUGAGCAGGUGGUACUACUAAAUAUUAGCAGUAAAAUGUACUUACUGUCACUGACUGUGCCAAAUAAAGCAGUGGUUUCUGUUUUGUAAA